AUGACCCCUGUUGGUGGUGGAGCUUGGUGUAACAUGCUGGACCAGGAGCUUGCUGAGAAAUAUGGACCUAUAUUUACUGUCUGGCAUGGAUCAAAACCAAUGGUUGUUCUUUGUGGGUACGCCAUGGUAAAAAAUGCUUUGGUAGAUCAUUCUGAAGAAUUUGGUGGGCGAAGUGAAACGCCUGCUCAUAAGGAAAUGUUCCAAAAUAAAGGUCUGACCACCUCUGAUGAAAAGAAAUGGAAGGAGCUGCGGCGGUUCACACUGUCCACCUUGCGAGAUUUUGGGAUGGGGAAGAAAAGAAUGUCUGAGAGGGUGCAGGAGGAAGCCCUUUGUCUGGUGGAGGAAAUGGCUACCACAAAAGGGCAGCCAUUCGACCCAAGGAGAGUUAUUGCAAGUGCUGUUUCUAAUGUGAUAUGUGCUGUUGUUUUUGGCAAUCGAUUUGAUUACAAAGAUAAAACCUUCAUAGAGAACCAGAAUAUUGUGGAGACUCAUAAAUAAAUAUUAAUUCCCAUUAUAGUUUCCAAGACAUUGCAUUUAUCUGAGAAUAGAAUUAAA